ACAUUGUUUUCUAUGAAACGGCGCAAUGACAACGCUAAUUCAUUACGAUUACGCUAAGCUACCCAAGUUGGCAUGUAUAAAUUAACCGGAAAAAUCCAGUAAACCCGCCACAACUGGUCAAAUUAAUUUGAUGAGCACAUGCCAUUUUUAAGUGCUUGCAGCAUUCAAAGCCGCUUCGAUAUUUUCACGUUUUCUUUCCUUAUCUCGAAAAAUCCGUUGUGUGUGUUCUGCCUGUCGCCACCGUUUUCAAUACGAGCUUUUACACGUCCUCCUGAAAGGUCGGCGUCUCGACGCCUUUCAGUCCGUAGCUGGCGUCGCGGCGACUCUUCUCUUUUCUCCGUGCGUUCACGUUUCAAACCGCUGAAACGACGUUCGUCGAUUUCUUUAACCAAGUAUCUCUCAGGAUUUUUUGGCAGCCAGAAGAGGAAGACGCUCACGCUGCAGGAAGUCCUCGAGGAAGUUAGAAAGGCGUGGAUACCGCCACAGUUUUCAGACAAAAGUUGUGCUCGAGCUAUGGAAGAAAAACCCGCUGGUGUCACAAACGAAAUGGUUUCACCCGUUCUGCUGAGGAGGAGACUAAGUGCACCCGAAACCAUAAUGAGAAAGCACACGUUGGCGCAACAACGUUUCGACUCUCAAGACGACCCAAAAUUCUACCCUUGUAGAACCGAGAUGGAGGGCGGUAGCGACCCCAACUUGACCCGCAAGCGCGACCCCGACUUAAUGAGGAAAACCACGUUGCUGCGACGACUGUGGAGUCACAGCAAACCCCUAACAACCAGCCGCUUCUCGGGCUCCUUCUACGAGUGGCAACAGUCCUCGGGGAAGUUGUAUUCGGGAAGAUCCACUCACUCCCUCACCUCCAUUCACUCGUCGCCCGAGCACCUCGUGCGAUCGCAAAGCAAGCGAUUGUUGAACGAGGAGUUCAAAACCUCCCCGCAACACAAGCAAAUCACCCGGAAAGUCUCACCCAAGCACCAGGUUUACGAAACCGGCAAGUACACCACGGAGACGAGCACCACGACGACUCCGAAAACGACAACGGAAACGGAAACGAGAUACACGAACACGAGUUACACCACGUUCUCGGACAACUCGGACUCGGCGUACACCAACAGCCGCACGAAUUUUUCCGAGUCGUCGAACAACAAUUUGUCCACGCCGUCGGAGAUUCGCAAGGAGAUCGCGGAAGACACGGAGGUGUCGAAUCAAGAUUUCAACAACUCGCCUGAUUUGGGGGAGGUGAAGAAGUUCGUCAAGAACGCGAACACCGCGAACGAAACGGCAACACAGACCGUCGGUACCACGAACGUUAACGUUAUAUCGAACGUGCAGUUGAGUCAAUCGACUUUGGACUUAAUUUUUAAUCAAGUGAUGCAGGACGUGAAAAGUCAGUCUUGUGAAGUUAACGUUAUCAAAAAUGACAGUGCGGCGAACAUUGUUCAAGUGAAGCAGAUUCCGAGUUUCUACUUGAAGCGGGAGGACAGUGUUGACAAUUCUGAGCAUAGUCGGAUUGUCAAGUGCAUGAUCAGUAACGUCGGGGUGGGAAGUCCUUAUACUAAGCCUUUGGAACUUCCGCAGAUUGCCGUCCCGCGUUUUUCGGCACGUCCUCACACUUCUUCAAUGGAAGUUAAUAUUUCGUCGGGGGAGUCGACUGAUAAGGAGUCUGAUACGGUUAGUCUAGUGGACAGUUUAGAAGAUACGUCGUCACUUAGGACUGAUCCUACGCAGAGUGACGUGAUCGCCAACAAAAGUGAUGUGUCUUUGGAGCUUCCUGAUAAUAGUGAUACUAAGAAGGUGUCUAUCAAACCAACCGCAUUUUUCAUUCCGAUGGAGAUUGAUAGCCGCAGUGAGUUAAAGGCAGUUUCGGAUCAUCUUCCAUUGAAAGUUAAGAAUCGGUUAGCAAAAAGACAACAAAAGAGAGAAGAAAGGAACAAAAGUAAACAAAGUUCGUCCAAGUCGGAUAGUAAUUAUAUAAGUGCCAGUGAGAAUGGCAAUCAUAUCCAUCACGUAGUUGAUAAUAGUGAUGUCAAUUUAAAUAGUGUACCACUCCCUGAAGUCAAUUAUGGAAAAAACAAGAGACGCAGCAACAAACCGCUCUUGCCUAGCAUUGAAACUUUUAGAAGAAUCAAAAUUGAUAGAAGUAAACAUGACGAUAAAAGGGAAGCGAGGACGAAAUCGACGAAACGCAAACUGUCGUUGAAGGAGAAUAUGAUGGGGAAUUCUUAUUCUACCAAGAUCAAACAAACACAAUGGACGACGAAAGAAAAAACUAAAGAAAAGUUGUCGCCGUUGUAUAGUAGUAAGAACGAAUACGUCUACGACUACGGUCCAAGAAGAAUCUAUCACAAAACGGAAUUUAACAACACUAGUAAAAGGAUCGAAAUUUUGGAAAUCAUGGAAUGUGUGGACACUUCAGAGAAGCAAUCAUUUUCUAAAUCAAGAUCCAGAAUCCCCGUUUUAAUUAACCACAAGCUGCCCAAAAUCAACCCAAAGCAUAAACCCGAAAAACCUGCUUUUUUAGAUUUAGACAGCGUCCCCAUCAGUGACCCAAAACUAGAUCAACUUAUAGCAAACAUUUUAAUAGAAACUUUAAAUAUUCCAGAGGUGCAGGCUUCCGAAGAACACCAAGUCUUAGGAGAGAAGGCAACCAAUGUCAAAGAACCAAACGAAAGCCACUCUUCUACAAAACAAUCACCACCUAAAUUCUACCGGAAAUUCGAAGUGAUACCAGAGGAACUAUCGUUUCAGUCCUCUACAGAAACCAACGACGCUUCUAACAACAACGAAACGAAAGCCACCGAAGAAAAAAGUUACCAAGGCAAAGCCGCUGUGGCCGUUGUGAAAGACGAUAACUUUUCUUCGAUUCCCAAAGGUUGGAUCACCUUUUACAUGCUUCACAAUAAUAGAGGCUCCCCAGAUAGUACUUCCGACGAAGGUAUAAAUCUUUCAAAGUAUCAGGACCCCUAA